UAGACACACAGGCUUAGGUCUAACACAGAGGCCUUACUCCACAGCACUCACUAAGCGUAAAGUACACAAUGGUGUAGCGCUGUUAUUAUUAGGGGUGGUCUGUGUAUUGCGAGGCUGGCGAAAGCAGAGCCUGCCUGCCUUCCUGUACCUGAGGGAAGCCGUUUGAAGGACACAGAGCUCUACAGACCCUACAAACAGCAGCGUGGAUCAUCUGUCAGGAGCUGCACCCCCUCCACAUUCGGACAUCUCUGUACAAAUAAGAGCCGGUUAAUUAGCCGCAGUGAUGGCGGAAGCUCAUCAAGCGGUGGGCUUUCAGUUCACCGUCACCCCCGAGGGAAUCGACCUCCACCUGAGCAGGGAGGUGCUGAAACACAUCUACUUGUCAGGCGUGACGUCAUGGAGGAAGCGCGUCAUAAGGUUCAAGAACGGAAUCUUGGCUGGGGUGUACCCAGCCAGCCCCUCCAGCUGGCUAAUUGUCGUCAUCGCCAUAAUGAGCACCUUGUACGCCAGAGUGGACCCCUCGAUGGGGAUGAUCGACAGCAUCAAGAAAACCUUGCCAGUAAGUGACUAUUUGACAGUCCAGACACAGACUAUAGUGAGUGCCAUACUGUUCGCUACGGGACUGUGGUUUUCUAUUAUCCUGGUGCUGCGCUACACACUCAAAGCGCUUCUCUCCUACCACGGCUGGAUCUUCGAGUCACACGGCAAAAAGAGUUUUUCCACCCGGUUGUGGCUGCGUCUUGUGAAGAUAUUUUCUGGCCGCAGGCCUCUGCUGUACAGCUUCCAGGCUUCCCUCCCCAGGUUGCCGGUUCCCAGUGUGGAUGACACCAUCAGAAGGUAUCUUGAGUCAGUGCGCCCUCUACUGGACGAUGAGCAGUACAAGCAAAUGGAGAUCGUUGCAAAUGAAUUCAAGAAGGACCCGGCCCCUAAACUACAAAAAUACCUCGUUCUCAAAUCAUGGUGGUCCACAAAUUAUGUCAGUGACUGGUGGGAGGAGUACAUUUAUCUCAGAAGCAGAGGGCCCAUCAUGGUUAACAGUAACUUCUACACCAUGGACCUGCUGUAUGUCACCCCCACUCACCGGCAGGCUGCCAGGGCAGGCAAUGUCGUCCAUGCCAUGCUGCAGUACCGCCGCAAGCUGGAGCGCGGGGAGCACACCCCGCUGAGGGCUCUGGGGAUUGUCCCCAUGUGCUCCUUCCAGAUGGAGAGGAUGUUCAACACCACCAGGAUCCCUGGUAUUGAGACAGACUUCAUCCAGCACUUGAAGGACAGGAAGCACCUAGUGGUCUACCACCGCGGCCGCCUCUUCAAGCUUUGGCUCUACUAUGGUGGCAGGCACCUGACUCCCAGUGAGCUGGAGGUGCAGUUCCAGAGGAUCAUCAACGAUCCCACUGAGCCCCAGCCUGGGGAGAAGAUGCUGGCCGCGCUCACGGCAGGAGAAAGGGUCACAUGGGCACGAGCCCGACUGAAGUACUUCAGCCAAGGCACAAACAAAGUAUCCCUGGAUGCUAUCGAGACUGCGGCCUUCUUCCUGACACUGGAUGAUGAAUCACAUGGCUACGACCCCGAGAACAUCAAGUCCCUGGAUGUGUAUGCCAAGUCCCUGCUUCAUGGGAAAUGCUAUGACCGGUGGUUUGACAAAUCCUUCUCUCUGGUCAUCUACAAGAAUGGCAAGAUGGGGCUGAACGCAGAGCACUCCUGGGCGGACUCGCCCAUCGUGGGUCACAUGUGGGAGUAUGUCCUGGCCACUGACUGCUUCCAGCUGGGGUACACGGAGGAGGGGCACUGCAAUGGCGACCUAAAUAAAAACUUGCCCCCUCCCACAAAGCUCCAGUGGGACAUUCCGCCUGAGUGCCAAACUGUCAUUGGCAAGUCCUACGCUCUGGCCAAGGAGAUUGCAGAUGACGUCGACUUCCAUGGCUGCCUGUUUGAUGACUUUGGGAAAGGCCUGAUUAAGAGGUGCAGGAUGAGUCCCGACGCCUUCAUCCAGCUCGCCCUGCAGCUCGCACAUUUCCGGGACAAGGGUGAGUUCUGUUUGACCUAUGAAUCCUCGAUGACCCGAAUGUUCAAGGAGGGCCGGACGGAGACGGUGCGUUCCUGCACCUGGGAGUCCACAGCGUUUGUUCGUGCCAUGGAGGACAAAGAGGAAACUAACGAGACGAGGUUAGAGCUCUUCCGGAAGGCGGCGGAGAAACACCAGAACAUGUACCGGUUAGCCAUGACUGGCUCGGGCAUCGACCGGCACCUCUUCUGCCUUUACAUCGUGUCCAAAUACCUGGGAAUUGACUCGCCAUUCCUCAAACAGGUUCUUUCUGAGCCGUGGAGACUGUCUACCAGUCAGACGCCCCAGCAGCAGCUGAACCUUAUUGACAUCCAGAAAUUCCCCAAAUAUGUUGGUGCUGGAGGGGGGUUUGGGCCGGUGGCUGAUGAUGGGUAUGGCGUCUCGUAUAUCAUCAUUGGCGAGAAUCUCAUCACGUUCCACAUCUCCAGCAAGUUCUCCAGUCCAGAGACGGACUCUUACCGGUUUGGCCAGAACAUCCGAAAGGCUAUGAUGGACAUCCAGGCUCUGUUCGAUAUUAAGACCAAGAAGCUGUGAUGUACACUGAGAAGAUACUUACACACCUAUGUACCAUAUGUCAGACGGCAUGCAUCUUCACCUAAACCAUUAGCAAAUAACUGCAGGCUUCCAGGAAUAAUUACCAGUGUUACACAUUGCAUAUUUGAUAAAUAAAUUUUCCUUUGUUUUGUGUCAUAAGAACAGCGAUCAGUUUUGUUUUAUAAAGUACAUGGCACAGGUCUACAAGUAGAACUGAAGUUGACGCAUAAGAAUAUUCUACAUACUGUAAUCGAGUGACCAAACUGCCCAUGGACACUAACUGGUCAAAUACACCCUAUAUAUACAUGGUAUAAAUGUUAUUUUGUGAGCAUAUUGUGUAAAUAUUUGUAAUCACCUGCUGAAACAGAUCAAAUGUAUUUUAAAUGUGUAUAUAAAAUUCUUCGAUUUAAA